CAAUUGGAAAAAAAAAAGAAAAUUGGUAAAAAAAGCGAAGCACGAAAAGAGAUUCUCUGAAAAGCCCAUCUUCCUCUUCCGAAAUCCGCGCCUCCGCCUCCUCCUCCUCCCUCCGCCUCCGCCGCCGUGGAAAGUCGCGCUCGCGCUUCGUCCGCCGCCGCGCUCGGCGGACUCCGUCGUGACAGGGAUUUUCUUGGUCAAGCAUAGAAGAACCUUACCAAGGGAGAGUUCUUGCUGGGGUCUCGUAGAUUAAAUCAUUACGAGCACUGAUCUCCAUAUUCUCUUUCAUAAUGGCUCAUGAUGGUUUGGGCAUUGAUGGAUUGAAUUUAAGAGACUCCUGCAACUCGGCCCCCAUCUCCGAGGAUGCUCAACAAGGUGUUUCUGAGAAUGAUGGUGGUAUUCAGAUCACGUGCUUCAGUGAAGUUGCCAAUGAUUCAACUCUUCAUUUUCAAAUAAUCCGUCUCGAAAAGCAGAUCUAUGCAUGGAUAGGUUGUAACUCUUCGAAGCUUGGCCGUCUCUAUGCAGCUGCACCUACACGACCUGCCAACCUUGUUAGUGUGACUUCUAUACUUGGCGGAGCUUCUGAUAAUACAGGAUCUGGCAUUGCUAGAAGAUUAGUCGUAAAGACAGGUGUAAACAUCAUCCUCGCUUGCAAUAUCCCUAAGAACAACCCCACGCUUGAGGCAGAUGCUGAGAGACUCUUAAUGCAGAAGCUAGUCAGCCUGGGAUACAGAAGGCCUAAGCCUGACGGGUCAUCUGUAUGAUGAUGGAAUUUCUUACUGUUGCUCAUUCAAUUUAAUUUGGGAUCGCUCCGUAAGUUAGUCUUUCUAUUUUUAUCUUUUGUCUGGGUCUCUGGGGAAGUGCACAUUCCAGCUUUCGUUGCUUGGUUAUGGAUGUGAUUUAAAUUACAAAUUCUUCCUCAUGAUUGGAGCGGUAGGACAAACUGUAUUUACACUUGUCUGUUUCCAAGGUUUUUUCCUGCAUUGUUGGGCCUCAAUAGUGAGAAUGCUCAUCAUAUGUAAUCUUCUUAUCUUGCGGUCUCUUCUAUUUUAGAUUUCCA